GACGCCUCUCGCAACUACACGCGUGCACGCGAAAGCAUGAGUCUUACGAGAUUAAGCGCUCGCCCUGGCAGCAUUUCAGUUCAGAAAAGGCUGGCACACAGACUGUUUUUGCGGGUGCUUGCGCCUUUACGUCCACUUUCUUCCACAUCAACUCAACCCUUCCAGCCUGGUCUGCCGAUGGACUGGUCCACACAUAGUUGUGACAUUGACGCCGAACCUUUGCAAAACAGACUUUGCUUGGUUUGUGCUUCCUUCAUAAGCAGAAGAUUGCGCAUGCAGGUUUAGUGCAGCGUCGUAACGUUCAUACCGACUUUGCUCAC